CUCGGUGCUUUGCCACUAGUCAUUGGAAUGCCUGUAAUGAUUAUGCAGAAUUUUGAUGUAGAGGGUGGUAUUGUGAACGGUGCAACUCGCAUACUAGAAAAAGUGCGUUAUCAUUUAGAUGACGAUGGAAGACAUAUUGUGUUGUCUUGCAUAAUCAAGAUUCCAUCAAUGACUGGGGAGCCUUUAUCUGGGCUACAAGAAUCGCAAGCAGUCGCUUUGCAAGACACGGUCAAUUUACAAUUCAGGCAU